AUGGAAGGUAUCCAGACACAUCCGUCCAACGCCGCACAGGCAAAGGCCUUCACUGCGCCCGGCUCGUUGUCGUUCCCUGGAGCGACCAAUGAGUUGACACCGCCGUCAAGUAAUGGCGACGCCAUGCAGCGUCCAGCAGCAAAUGGCCAAAACGCAGCCAACGGAAAUGGGGUGACUCCCGCGACUCCUGCCGCGACGCCUUCUGCCACGCAAGGUCCCAGUGGCAUUACUCCUACAUUGCAGAACAUCGUGGCCACGGUCAAUCUUGAUUGCCGUUUGGACCUGAAGACGAUUGCCCUGCACGCCCGAAAUGCGGAGUACAACCCAAAGCGUUUUGCUGCCGUCAUUAUGCGCAUUCGUGAGCCCAAGACUACCGCUUUGAUCUUCGCGAGUGGAAAGAUGGUCGUCACUGGUGCCAAAUCUGAGGACGACUCCAAGCUUGCUUCGAGAAAGUAUGCCCGCAUCAUUCAGAAGCUUGGCUUCAACGCCAAGUUCACGGAUUUCAAGAUCCAGAACAUUGUCGGCUCUUGUGACAUCAAAUUUCCCAUUCGUCUGGAGGGGUUGGCUUCUCGCCAUCACAAUUUCAGCUCUUACGAGCCUGAGUUGUUCCCUGGUCUCAUUUACCGCAUGAUCAAGCCGAAGAUUGUUCUUCUUAUUUUCGUCAGCGGCAAGAUUGUCUUGACCGGCGCCAAGGUCAGAGAAGAGAUUUACCAGGCCUUCGAGAUGAUUUACCCUGUGUUGCAAGACUUCCGAAAAGUUUAG